AUGGCGUUCCCCUCAAAUCCGAUCAGCUCUCAGCCGCAGGCGUACAAUGUGUCGUCUGGACCAUCAGACUGGAAUUCAAAUGUUUGCGACUGCUGCGACGACUGCGGCGUCUGUCUUUGUGCGGCGUUCGUUCCCUGCAUCCUGGCUUGCAAUGUGGCUCAGAACCAUGGGGAGAGCUGCUGUCUGCCGUGCCUUCCUGGAGCCAUGAUCGCUUUGAGGACAAGCAUCCGACACAGAUACAAGAUUGAUGGGUCAGUGUGUGGCGACUGGCUGGUCAUGGCCUGCCUGCCUCUGUGCGGACUGUGUCAGAUGGCACGCGAGCAGAAAAUGAGAGAGUGA